AUGAACUUCUUCCAAUUAUCCAGCGCUGUACCACAGCAAAAGCGUCCAUUUAGCUUUGGAUCCUCUACAUCAUUGUUCAGGCAAAACGAUACAACUUCUUCCCAAGCACCAAUCAUUAAUUCUCCAAAGUUUACUCCAUCUCCAAAACCUAUUGCAGUACAACCUAAGCCACAGCCAGUAUUUGAAGAAAAACCAGUCGCAAAGAUUACUACAUCUGGAGAUCCAAUAGAGAUGAUAGAUUUGGAGCUCAGAGAACUUUCAAAUUGGACAAAUCAACAGAUUAGAUUCCUUUCUAAUUUGUUGAACCUUACGAACGAAUUAAAUUCCAAGAUAGAUGAGUUUGAGAACCAAUUUAGGUAA